GUUGGGUACCUUGCUCAGGGGCACCCCAGCCCUUUCCACUUGGCCACGGACUGCCAACGCACCACUGUACAUUGGUUAUUUAAUUAAUUCAUUAAUAAACAGGGUCAUUUCAGUUUAACAUCACAGCAGACAUGUCACAAAGCACACACACCAAUUAUAAGAAAGUAUACCUAAAACGAGUACAGCUCUGAUUUGAAUUGAGCCCACACUUAACCUUCAAAGUAUUUUUAUUUUAUUUUAUUUAAUAGUUAAUUCCAUAAGUGACAGCAUUUUACAAAAACAACAAACUGUCCAAUCUUAGUGUGAUGAUGCUGUAUUUCACAGUUACCACAGUCACAGUGUUCUUACUCAUUUAAUGUCUUGUCGUUGGAUAAACCUGGAGAGGGAUUAAAGGGCAAGAUUGCUGACACAUUUAAACACUAAUUAAAAACAACAAUAACCAGAAUUUGAUUAAGCUGUCAAAAUUAAACAAAUUACAUCUUCCUGAUAUUUAUUACAGCAAGGAAAGAUUGUUCACUGAAUACACAUCUCAAGACUGUGUCAAAAUAUUCUCAACCCUAAAUAUUAUAAACAUUAACAGCAAAACAAGAAGAUAAUACCCUCAAGCUAUUCAUAACAUGUCACCAAACUAGCCACAGUACAUCUUAACACUCGCCAUAGCUCAAGUUCUUUAAAUACUAUACUCUGCCUAUGUAUCAACCCUGUUGUGGACUUUACUGAGGAUAGAACACCUGUUAGAAAAAUAAAAAUACUACUAAAUUGGGCAGACCGCUCAGGUUGAAUGCUUUGGAAAUUAAGUAAGAGAUGACAUGUUGUGAUGGUCUGGUCUCAUGCAGAGGAGAGAUAGUGAUUAUAUUGGAAAAAGGAUGUUGAGGAUGGAGCUGUCAGGCAGGAGGAAAAGAGGAAAACCACAAAGAAGAGGACAUGAGGACAGUUGGUGUAACAGAAAAGGACACAAGGGAGAGGACAUGAUGGAGGCAAAUGGUCCUCUGUGGCGACCCCUUAAUUAAUUAUAAUGAAGAUGAAGCCCACUGUGCCACUUCUACUCUUGGUCCUCCUGACUUUCACGAGACUGAGCCGAGCCCAGGUCAGGACGUCUCUUCUGGACUUGACCAACAACAUCGGCAGCGUCCUUCCCAGCCUCAGCCGGCCGGCGAACCACAGCCGCAUCUUUUAUGCUGUGAUGUUUGAUGCUGGUAGCACAGGAACACGUAUCCAUGUUUACACCUUCAUCCAGAGUGACUCAGAGAAACUGCCUGUUUUGGACAAUGAGAUGUUCCACUCCAUUAAGCCUGGUUUGUCAGCAUAUGCUGACUCCCCCGAAAUGGCUGGACACACGGUGAGGUUGCUGUUGAAGGUGGCAAAGAGGACUGUGCCUCGCCUGGAGUGGAAGAGAACUCCUGUGGUCCUCAGAGCCACCGCUGGACUCCGGCUGCUGGCGGCAGAGAAAUCUCAGGCUCUUCUGGACCAGGUUCAACAUGUGUUUGAUGAGUCUCCCUUUUUGGUCCCAGACAACAGCGUGACUAUAAUGAAUGGCACUAAUGAAGGAAUCCUGGCUUGGAUGUCUUUGAAUUUUCUGACUGGUCACCUGAAUGCACAAACCAAGAAAACGGUGGGAAUAUUGGAUCUGGGAGGUGGAUCUACACAGAUCACUUUCCUGCCAAAACUACAGAAAACAAUUGAAAGUGUUCCCGUCGCUGAUUACAUCGUCAGCUUUGACAUCUUCAACUCAACGUUUCAGUUGUACACUUACAGUUACCUAGGAAAUGGACUGAUGGCAGCUCGUCUGGCUACUCUGGGCGCUCUGGAUGCUGAAGGGUUGGAGUGGCGCAUUUUCAAAAGUUCCUGUCUGCCAAAGAAGUUCAGGGAUGAAUGGAGUUUUGGAGGUCUGACCUAUCAAGUGAGCGGUGACCCUGAGGGUGAGACAGGAUUCAAGCUUUGUUAUCAAGAAGUACUUAAGGUGGUGAAGGACAUUAUUCAUCAGCCGUAUGAGCUGCAAGACAGCAACGUUUUCUAUGCAUUCUCCUAUUACUUUGACAGAGCUGUGGAUGCAGGCCUUAUCGGUGGGGACCAAGGAGGGAGGCUGGAGGUCAGAGACUUCAAGAAGAGGGCUAAAGAAGUGUGCAAUAAGAUGACCAAGUAUCCUCCCAUAAGCCCCUUCCUGUGUAUGGACAUGGCCUACAUCACUUGUCUGCUCAAGGAUGGAUUUGGCUUUAAGGAGAACACAGUGCUGCAGCUGUCCAAGAAAGUCAACAACGUGGAGGCGAGCUGGGCACUGGGCGCCAUGUUUGACCACUUCUACAACCUGAAGAUCCACUGAGUAACAGCUGCUAAGUGACAAACAACAUAUAAUGGUACAAACCUUAUCUCACAGUCCCAUGCUGCUGCUGCUGCUGCUGCUGCUGCUGCUGCAUAUGGGCCGAACCAACCUCAGGGGUAAUUGCUAAUUUCUUUUAAAAUCCAAUUCAUCUCAUUAUUACAGUGAGCUAUAAAUGAGACGUUGACAUUUGGAGUGAAAAAUGUUACAGACUCAGUUUAUGCAGCUUUGAUAUCAGGGUCAUAAACUUAGCUGGUUGUGCUGUGCAAAAGCAGUGUUUACAAUAUGAUACACUGUGCUUCAGCAGUUUUUUAAUGGCAAAUGUUUUAUCAUUACUAAUAAGGAUAAUGGGGGGCAUUGCCUCAGUGUAUUUCAACCUCCGACUUCUGUUUACAAUUAUUAUGCAGUAUGCACUGAACAAUGCAUGGUCUUUAUAUCAUCAUAAACUUUUUAAAACCCG